UUUUUAGUAGAGAUGGAGUUUCACCGUGUUGGCCAGGAUGGUCUUGAUCUCUUGGCCUCGUGAUCCACCCGACUCGGCCUCUCAAAGUGCUGGGAUUACAGAAAAACAUGUCUAAAUAGAGACGGGGGAGGGGAGGUGUCUCACUACUUUCAGCAGUUUGGUCUCGAACUCCAGACCUCAAGUGGUCUGCCUAGGUCUCCCAAAGUGCUGGGAUUGCAGGUGUAAAACCACCGCGCCCGGCUAGAACUUUUGUGAUGUAAUUCUGAUAACCACAUGCUUCGCUUGAAGAAGGGGAGAGAGUAGGGAUAAUUUCAUGUGUCUGGUCUGGGCAACCAACUUUAAGUUCUUCAUGCUGGGAUUUUGUUCAAUUCUUGCCCUAUACUUUAAAGAACUGGGGCAAGAGAAUGCGAGUAGGAGGACGAGAAGUAUGUUGUUCAGGCUGCUGCUCUGCAAGGUGGUUUGGGACCAUAGCCUGAGAGAGCCCCUUCAGCUCUGGAGUCACAGAAAGGGCGGAAGCCGUUUCUAUAGCGACAGGAGGAGGGCGUGGCCGUUUCUAUAGCGACAGGAGGAGGGCGUGGCCGUCCCUUGCACUCUGCCGGGCUCUCCCAGCCUCCCGCAGCGGCGGGCGGUCAGCGCCAGCCUCAUGCAGCUCCUCCCGCAGCCUAUCCGCACCGGAACAAAGACUCAAAUGGAUGCUAAAAAGCCAAGGAAAUGCGAUUUGACUCCCUUCCUGGUUUUGAGAGCAAUAAAGAAACAAAAGUUUACCUCUGCAAAGGUUGGAAGUAAACCUUCGGUUCAAGUCCAGAAGCCACCUUCCAAUAUCAAGAACUCCAGAAUGACCCAAGUCUUUCAUAAGAACACCAGUGUUACUUCACUCCCCUUUGUGGACACCAAGAGGAAGAAGAAUAUGGUAAGCUUCCCACACAUUAGUAAGAAAGUCCUGCUGAAGUCAUCCCUGCUGUAUCAGGAGAAUCAAGCUCACAAUCAGAUGCCGGCCUCAGAGCUCAAGGCUUCAGAAAUACCUUUCCACCCUAGCAUUAAAACCCAGGAUCCCAAGGCAGAGGAGAAGUCACCAAAGAAGCACAAGGUGCCUCUGACAGCCGCAGAGGCCCUAAAGCUUUUUAAGAACCAGCUGUCUCUAUACGAGCAAAGUGAAAUCCUGGGCUACGCGGAGCUGUGGUUCCUGGGGCUUGAAGCCAAGAAGCUCGACAUGGCUCCUGAGAAAUUGAGCAAGACGAGUUUUGAUGAUGAGCAUGGCUCCUAUCUGAAGGUCCUGCAUGAUCACAUUGCCUACCGCUAUGAAGUUCUGGAGAUGAUCGGGAAGGGGUCCUUUGGACAGGUGGCCAAGUGCUUGGAUCACAAAAACAAUGAGCUGGUGGCCCUGAAAAUCAUCAGGAACAAGAAGAGAUUUCACCAGCAGGCCCUGAUGGAGCUGAAGAUCCUGGAAGCUCUCAGAAAGAAGGACAAAGACAACACCUACAAUGUGGUGCAUAUGAAGGACUUUUUCUACUUUCGCAAUCACUUCUGCAUCACCUUUGAGCUCCUGGGAAUCAACUUGUAUGAGUUGAUGAAGAAUAACAACUUUCAAGGCUUCAGUCUGUCGAUAGUUCGGCGCUUCACUCUCUCUGUUUUGAAGUGCUUGCAAAUGCUUUCUGUAGAGAAAAUCAUCCACUGCGAUCUCAAGCCCGAAAAUAUAGUGCUAUACCAAAAGGGCCAAGUCUCUGUUAAAGUCAUUGACUUUGGAUCAAGCUGUUAUGAACACCAGAAAGUAUACACGUACAUCCAAAGCCGGUUCUACCGAUCCCCAGAAGUGAUCCUGGGCCACCCCUACGACAUGGCCAUUGACAUGUGGAGCCUGGGGUGCAUCAUGGCAGAGUUGUACACGGGCUACCCCCUGUUUCCUGGGGAGAAUGAGGUGGAGCAGCUGGCCUGCAUCAUGGAGGUGCUGGGUCUGCCACCAGCUGGCUUCAUUCAGAUGGCCUCCAGGAGACAGACAUUCUUUGAUUCCAAAGGUUUUCCUAAAAAUAUAACCAACAACAGGGGGAACAAAAGAUACCCAGAUUCCAAGGACCUCACGAUGGUGCUGAAAACCUAUGACAGCAGCUUCCUGGACUUUCUCAGAAGGUGUUUGGUAUGGGAACCUUCUCUUCGCAUGACCCCGGACCAGGCCCUCAAGCAUGCUUGGAUUCAUCAGUCUCAGAACCUCAAGCCACAGCCCAGGCCCCAGACCCUAAGGAAAUCCAAUUCCUUUUUCUCCUCUGAGACAAGGAAGAACAAGGUUCAAGGCUGUCAUCACUCGAGGAAAAAAGCAGAUGAGAUCACCAAAGAGACUACAGAGAAAACAAAAGAUGGCCCCAUGAAGCAUGUUCAGCAUUCAGGUGAUCAGCAGGACUCUCUCCAGCUCGGAGCUGACACUGUUCAGCUGCCUCAACUGGUAGAAGCUCCCAAGAAGUCAGAGGCAGCUGUUGGGGCGGAGGUGUCCGUGACCUCCCCAGGACAAAGCAAAAACUUCUCCCUCAAGAACACAAACAUUUUACCCCCUAUUGUAUGACCUUUGCUGAGGGUAUGUCCUGCUCCUUUCCACCAGUGAUUUGUAUUAAGACAGCACUUAUAUUGUACAAUA